UGCAUCGAUGUUUUAUUGAACCCCUAGAAAGUAUCGAGUAUGUUCUUUGAUUUACUUGUAUCGAUUCAUACCUACUAAUGAUAUUUUAAUACAUAAACAAAACGAGAACAUUAACAUUAUUUUGUAAUAGUCAGCAAUUAACUUCUUGGAUAUUUGAAAUGUCACAAAUAACUUCUUCCAAGGAGUUGUUAUCGCAAGCUCUUCAAAGCCGGAUUAUUCCAAAUCAAGAAUAUUUGCUACAAGGAUCUAUCCUCGAUUCUGCUGUUGACCAUUUAAUACACAGGUUAAGAGGACUAUGCGAUACGGUCGAUGCAUCGCCAGAAUCCUUUCACGAUUUAGAAGUAUGUUUGAGUCUACGACAACCAACACAAACCGCACCUCUAAUGCUCCGCGUUCGAAGGGCAUUAGAUAGAGAUGCACCAUUUCAGUUAAGAUACAUUGGACAGCCGGAACUAGACAGAUCCCGGCCAACACUAGUGCGCUCGAGCAUAGAUGUUGGAUGCACAUCCACAAUUUUAGACUUUCUCACGGAAUUGGGCUGCAGAUUGGACUUCGAAUACGUGAGUCGUGGAUACAUAUUUCGGAAAGGAAGGAUGAAAAUAACUGUUUCCAAAAUAAAACCUGUUCCUGGGAAACAACAAGAGAUGGGUACAGAGUCAGUAUCUCAGAGCUAUCUCGUUGAACUCUCUGUCCUGGCUCCAAAUGGUCAAGAUUCCAUCGGAGAUGAAAUGCGUGUCUUUGCUGAGCAAUUAAAACCCUUGGUCCAGUUGGAGAAGAUAGAUUACAAACGGCUUGGAGGUUUACCAUAAUUAAGUUUCCGUUUCGGCUAGACACUUACGUAAUAACUAUCCGUUUUAUUUUAGCAGAUUCCGAACGAACUAUGCGUACAAUGCCCCAAUUGCUCGUGCCCUACGCGAACUAAACGAGAUCUCUUAAUUCUGUUGAACUUGAUCUUUCAGUUUCUAAAUUAAGCUUUUCGUCACAACUAAACUCUUACUUUAAAUAAACAAAAUUUUAUAAUGGUACUUUAGUUAUAAGUAGUCAGUAAAAACGUAUGUUUCUUGACUUAUGAAUGAAAUAAAGAUUGUUGAAAUAA